CUCUGCUUGGCCAAGCUCCUUACCUAUCUCUGGGUUUGACUUGCACUUUCUUCACAGACCCUUCUCCUCUGAGGGGAAAAAAAGUCUAUUGUAAUGGACCUUUGGUUGGCUGCUCCACCCAUUUCUCCAGUGUUUCCUCACCAAGCAGACUGUUCCUCUCCUUCUUGCAGGCAUUAUGGAUGGAUAGCACGUACCAGAUGAAAUAUGAAACAGCAGAUUUGAAGACUGAGCAAAGGAACUUGGCUGCCCCAACCCAACUCACCUUAACUUAGCCUCACAGAACCCAGUUAAAAGCCCUAGCCUUCCUGCACUUGCUACAUCUCGUUGAUCCUAGAACUUCUUCAAUUCCAGCUACAAUGUUGUAUCAAGUACUUUGCAGAUUUGGUGGAAAGCUGAUACGCAGACGUACACUGGAAAAAGAAGUCCCUGAGUUUAAAUUUGUCAGAAGCCUGAAUACUCUGGACUUAGUGGCCCUGAGUGUGGGCAGCACAGUGGGUGCAGGUAUGUAUGUUCUGGCUGGUGAGGUAGCCAGCAAUCAAGCAGGACCAUCCAUCAUGAUCUGCUUCUUAGUGGCUGGACUAUCUUCUCUAUUGGCUGGCCUGUGCUAUGCUGAGUUUAGUGCUCGGGUUCCCCAUCCUGGAUCUGCAUAUCUCUACACCUUUGUCACUAUAGGUGAAUUCUGGGCUUUCAUCCCUGGCUGGAACCUCAUCCUCUCCUGUGUGGUUGAUGUAGUCAUUCUGAUCCAAGUCUGGGCCUUAGCUUUUGACAACCUGAUUGGGAACAGUAUCUCUCAGACCCUGCAUGAGAGCGUCUCACAGAGUGUUUCCCAAGUCCUUGGAGACAAGCUAGGCUACUUUUCUGUGGUCCUUCUGUUGUUUGUCAUAGAAAUUCAACAGUUGAGUAAUCGUGGAUACUUCAUGGUUGCCAAAGUGAUGACAUUGGUGAAACUUUUGCUUCUCAGUUUUGUCAUCAUCUCUGGCUUCAUUAAGGGGGACCUGCACAACUGGAAUCUCACAGAAGAGGACUAUGCAAAGGCUGGACUCAAUGAUACCUCUGGCUUGGGCCCUCUGGGCUCUGGAGGAUUUGUGCCUUUUGGCUUCCAGGGGAUUCUCCAUGGAUCAGCUACCUGUUUCUAUGCAUUUAUAGGUUUCAGCAUUAUUGUUACCAGAAUCAAGGAAACCCAGAAUCCCCAGCAUUCCAUCCCAAUGGGCAUUGUGAUUUCACUGUUCCUCUGCUUUUUGGUGUAUUUUGGUGUCUCUGCAGCACUUACACUUAUGGUGCCUUACUACCACCUUCAACCUGGGAGCACCUUGCCUGAGGCAUUUCUUCAUAUUGGCUGGACCCCUGCUUACCAUGUUGUAGCUUUUGGAUUUCUUUGUAGUUUUUCUGGCAUCUUCUGGGGCCCUAUAUUCCACAUACGUCUGGUAAUAUACAUGAUGGCACAGGAUGGCCUCCUGUUCCCUGUCCUUGCCAAGAUCCAUACUGGCACAUAUACCUCCACUGUGGUCACUGUGGUUUUUGGUGUUAUUCAAGCAAUCAUGGCGUUUUUCUUUAGAGUCACUGAUCUUAUGGACUUCAGUUCAGUUGGAACCCUGAUAUCUUAUUCCCUGGUAGCUUUUUGUGUUCUCAUUGUCAGGUAUCAGCCUGAUAGAAGGAAUGAGGAAAAUGAAGCAGAGGCACAGCAGCAGAAUUUACCUGCAGCAGAGACCCUGACUCUACAGGGACUACUUUUUCCAGGCAGCUCCACCCCCACUCCGCUCUCUGGCCGGGUUGUCUAUGUUUGCUCCUCACUGCUUGUUCUGCUGCUCAUUCUUCUGUGUCUGGUGCUGGCCCAGUGGCCAGUUCUGCUUUCUGGAGACCCAGUGUGGAUUUCAGUGGUUGUGGUGCUCGUGGUGCUCAUCACUGGGAUCACUGGGGUCAUCUGGAGACAGCCACAGAACUCCAGUCCCCUUCACUUUAAGGUCCCUGCUCUGCCUGUCCUCCCACUACUGAGCAUCUUUGUGAAUGUCUGCCUUAUUAUGCAGAUGUCAGCUGACACCUGGGCCAGAUUUGGUGUCUGGAUGCUGAUUGGGUUUGCUGUCUACAUCGCCUAUGGGAUUCAGCACAGCCUGGUCACUUAACCUCGCUUAAGGGCCAAAACUGUAGAUGUAGAACUGAGCAGUGCCAGUACAUAUUUGUUUUGACACCACCACACCUGAAUGUGAUCUGGUCCCCUGCACAAUAAUGCAGAGUACUCUUAGCACGUGGAAAGCUAGGGUUCUAUGGUAUAUUGGUGAGGGAAUACUAAUGGAGCUCUGUAUUUAUGAUGGGAUGAAGGAUGUAUCUUUGCUAUUUCUCCUUUUUUUUAACCUGUCUACUUUUCAAUUGUGUCUAUAGCUGCUUACUGGCUUUGUAAAAUUAUUAUUAAAGGGAACUUGGGAAAGCGUU